CAUAAAACACCUGCGGAGGACCAGCAUAUGAUUCAUCGUAGCGGUGCCAACAAUUCCAGACUGCAUGGCCAGGCUUCCCACAGAGUUGGCACGUGAUGGACCCCCGGCCACCUCCUCUGCCGCGUGCGUUGUCGCGGUACUGCGGCUGCCGGCCGCCUCUACCGCCAGGCUGACUCCCGCGAAGAAAUCCUCCACGACGACGAUGGUGCAAACACGUAGCAACGCCAACGUAGGUAUCGGAGUUCCCCAACAGGGGGAGAACAGCGCCACCGGAGGCCGGCACCCCCCCAUCACCACCGGGGAGGCUGAGGCCCUCAUUCAGAGGGUUGGGAUCACGGCCGAACAAUUCAAGGAGGUGCUGGCCGCACUUGCGCCCAACCGCGAGGUUGUGGCAGGAGAUGUGGCUGGGGGACCCAUAGGCGAGAAGGCUGGACCUGUGGGCUCCCAAGGGAAAAAGAAGAAAGUGAGGCGGUCCCAGAAGAAGAAGGCAACCAAGCCUAAUGGGAAGGCUAUAAUGGCAGAUGCGCUUUCCAGGCUGGAAGAAGAGGACGAGUCGUCCUCCUUCGAGCGGAUGUCUGCUUUUGACCGUUUGGGAGAUCCCAAGUCGAAGAAACCUCGGACCUCUGCGUUCGAAAGGCUGCAGGACACUCGGUUGGCCCGAAAAGGCGACUUGAGAGACGCGCUCAAGGAGAAGAGAGGGGAGUCCACAGCGACCUCCAAGGUCGGGUCUGAGGAGCGACGGAUGACAGUCGGGGAUAAGGGCGCAGCCGAGCUGUGGAAAAUGUACGAACAACUGGAGAAGCGGCUGGAUGCCCAGAACCCCUAUCGCCAGGCGGUCUUCAGUGAGCUCGACUGUGCACACCAUCUGAUUCUGGGACGACCAGGGUUGGAGGACCUGGAGUGCGUAAUCUCCCCCGUCCACUUAUGCCUAAAGUUCAACACUCCCACAGGGGUGGGGGUAGCAAAGGGGAACCAGAGCCUGUCACGAUCGUGCUACGUCAGGGCGACCAAAAGCCAAGCCCGAGUCGACGAGAAUGUGAGCACGAUCUGUGCGGCGAUCCAGAAGGAGGAGGGGCGACCCCGAGCUGAGCCGGCGGAAGAGGUCGAGGAAGUUUCUUUGGACCCGGUUGAGCCGGAGCGGAAGGUGAAGGUAGGCAAAACUUUACCGCUUGAAUUAAAGGAGCAGUUAUUGGAGGUCCUCCGAGCAUUCAAGGUGCUAUUCGCUUGGGGACCAGAAGAUAUGCCAGGGGUCGACCCAAAAAUUAUCUGCCAUAGGUUGGCAGUGGAUCCGACCCACAAGCCGGUCAAACAGAAGAAGCGUUUCCUUUCCUCAGAACGGAGAGAGUUUGUCACCAAGCAGGUGACCACCGUGCAAUCCAUUGGGCACAUCCGGGAAGUCCGCUACCCGGAAUGGUUGGCAAAUGUAGUCCUCGCACCCAAAGGGAAUACCUGGCGGAUGUGCGUCGAUUACACUGAUCUAAAUAAAGCUUGCCCGAUGGAUCCUUUUCCUCUUCCCAACAUUGAUCAGUUGGUUUAUGAGACGGCAGGAUGUGAGAAUUGACCUUUUGGUCAGAUUCUCCACAAAAGUCUGCUAAAAUUUCCUGAAUGGGAACAAUAAAAAAAAAGAUAUCUCGGU